GGGAAGCGAAGUUGGUCGGAGGCGGGAGGCGAGUCGCGCACGCGCGGCCCCAGCGCGAAAGCCCCGCGCCGCGUCCUCCUCCCGCGCUCCGGGGGCGGCGGGGAAGCCGGGAGGGAGCAGCCCCGCGCGCGCGCUCAAGGGGCCGGAGGCCGCCCGACGAGCCAGGCAGCAGCGCCCCCCGGGCUGCCCUCGCCUGAGCCCUCGGUGCUGCUGCUCAGCUCCCGCUCAGUCUCAGAAGCGGGGGGUGGGGCAGAUUCCUGGGGCGCCCCUCGGCCAGGACCCGCUCGCCGGUCUGGACGAGGCAGACAUGGCAGACGUCAAGCGGGGGGGGGGGGGCGCUAGGAGGAAGGAGGCUUCUCCGUCCCUCCCCCCGCCAGGAGCGAGGGGCGGCCGCACUUACUGCGCUUAUUGCGGCCUCGGGCUGUGGACAAGGCGCUUGAAAGAGGACAGCCAACCCCAGGGCGGGGCCUCUCUUAAAAGACUCGCCCUGCAGCAGUUGUCUCUUAGACCCUUGGCCUCCUGGCUUAGGCCUGGGGAGAGGGCCAGGCGCCUGGACAGAGGCCCUCCCUGGACCCGAGGCUUGUUCCUCCCUCCCUGGUCAGGUGUCCAAGGGGGCUGCGGCUGUACAAAUACAGUGGCCCUACUCUUUCUAGCUUGUGCCAGGUCCUGGGGUGGUCAUACUAUGAGGUCCUGCAAGACUGUGUUCUACAGUGGUACCUCAGGUUACAUACACUUCAGGUUACAGACGCUUCAGGUUACAGACUCCGCUAACCCAGAAAUAUUACCUCGGGUUAAGAACUUUGCUUCAGGAUGAGAACAGAAAUUGGGCUCUGGCGGCGUGGCAGCAGCAGGAGGCCCCAUUAGCUAAAGUGGUGCUUCAGGUUAAGAACAGUUUCAGGUUAAGUACGGACCUCCAGCAAAUCAAGUUCUUAACCUAAGGUACCACUGUACUUAAAUUGCUGGAAGCCUAGCUAUUUCUAAAGGGCCUGUCCAAAAUACCUUCUGGGGGAAAGGAAAUUUCCAUGCAGAUACUUUCCAAAUUGCAACCCUAUGUCAGAAAUGAGCACCUCUCAGCUUAGGGCUCCUUCAAAUGAUCCAUUUAAUGAGCUUUCUUUUUUAAAAAAUAUAUUUUUAUUAUCAAUUUCAACAUAACCAAUUAUCAAACCAUAUAAUCACAUACAUUAUUCCCCCUUUCCCCCCUCCCUCCCUUCCAUCCCUCCCUCCCCUCCCCUACCAAAGACUUCCCUCAGCUCCUCUCUCUGAUUUCUCAGCUCAUAUUAUUCUCUGCGUGUUAUAAAAUUUUACAUAUCCUUACAUUAUCUAUCUAACAUGUUAUCAACUAAUAAAUUUGUGUAUGUUUAUUCAAAACUUGCCAAGGAGUCCAGUUCAUUUUGUUGUCUUUUUAGAUAGUCAUACCUCGGGUUGAAGUAGCUUCAGGUUAAGUAUUUUCGGGUUGCGCUCCUCAGCGACCCGGAAGUAAUGGAGCACAUUACUUCCAGGUUUCACCGCUCACACAUGCGCAGACGCUCAAAAUGACGUCAUGCGCGGAAGCGGCAAAUCAAAAUGCGCCGACGUGGGUUGCGUUCGCUUCAGAAUGUGAACGAGGCUCCAGAACGGAUCCCAUUCGCAUCCAGAGGUACCACUGUAAUUUGUAAAAAGUUCCCAUUCUUCCUUAAAGCCACAGUUGUCCUUGUCCCAGUUCCGCAUAGUUUAUCAGUUUUUUUGCCACUGUUCUUUCAUUGGGAUUUCCUUGUUCUUCCAUCUUUGUGCUAACAAGACUCUUGCUGCUGUUGUGGCACACAUAAAUAAGUUUUUAAAUUUUUUUUCUUGGCAGGUCUUGUCCUACAAUCCCUAACAAAAAUGCUUCUGGUUUUUUUACAAAUGUCAUUUUAAACAUUUUUUUCAAUACAUUGUAUAUAAUUUCCCAAAAUUUUUUAAUUUCUCUACGUUCCCACCACAUAUGAUAAAAAGUCCCUUCUUUUUCUUUACAUUUCCAACAUAUAUUUGACCUGGUUUUAUACAUUUUUGCGAUCUGUACUGGUGUAAUAUACCAUCUAUAUAUCAUUUUCAUAUAAUUUUCUUUCAAGAGAGAACAAUCUAAAUUUCAACUUUACUUUCCACAGUUUUUCCCAGUCCUCAAAUUGUAUAUUAUGUCCUAUGCUGUGCCCAUUGAUCAUAACCGGUUUGACCUCCUCAUCUUUUGUUUCCCAUUCUAGCAAAAUACUAUAUGCUUUCUUCAGCAGCUUCCCUUCUUCUUUUGAAAUCUAGAAGUUGUAUAACUAAACCCUUUCUUAUUAUCUUCCUUGUACAUCUCAUGUAGUUGUCUGUAGUGUAACCAACUCUGAAAAUGGUCUUUAAUUUCCUCGUAAUCUUUUAGCUUCCAUUUCCCUUCUUGAUCCUUCAGCAAUUCUCUAUAUGUAGGCCAAUUCCCUUUUUUGCCAAGCGGUUUGAGUAACAAAGCUUCAAUUGGCGAUAACCACCAGGGAGUUUUUUGUUCUACUAAGUCUUUAUAUCUCUCCCACACCCUCAUUAGUGAUCUCCUAAUUAUAUGAUUGUAGAAUCCUUUGUGGAUUUUCCCUUUCCCUUUCCCAUACCAUAAGUAUGCAUGCCAUCCAAAUCUGUUAUCAUGACCUCCCAAAUCUAAUGCUGCUGCCUUUUCCAGUUUUAUCCAGUCCCUAAUCCAUACCAAACAUGCGGCCUCGUAAUACAAUUUGAGGUCUGGGAGGGCAAACCCACCUCUUUCUUUUAUAUCUGUAUCUUAUGUUUAAUCCUUGGCCUUUUGCCUCCCCCCCCCCCGACAAACUUUGAAAUAUCCUUCUGCCAUUUUUUGAGGCAAUCAUCUUUCACCAUUACUGGGACUGUCUGGAACAGAAAGAACAUUUCUGGCAAUACAUUCAUUUUUAUCGCUGUUAUUUUUCCUAGUAGGGAAGGUUCAUUCUGCUCCAUAUUUCUAAAUUCCUUUUUAUCUCAGACCACACUUUUUCAUAAUUGUCUUUGUAGAUAUUUAUAUUUUUUGCUGUUAACCAUAUCCCUAAGUAUUUUACUUUUUUAUGAACUUCCAUCUCAAUACUUUGUAUCAACUCUUUUUUCUUUUCUUCAAUUUUUUUACUAAUAGCUUAGUUUUAUUUCUGUUUAAUUUAAAUCCUGCCACUUCCUCAAAUUCUUGAAUCUUUUCUAUCACUCUAGGAUUAGAUUUUUUUUGAUCCUCCACCGUAAUUACUAAAUCAUCAGCAUAUGCUUUCAAUUUAAAUUCACCUUUUCCAGUUUUUACCCUGUGAUCUCCUUAUCUUUUUUUUUUAUAAGAUAUUUAUUAGGAUUUUUUUAAAAUAUUACAAUAAAAAAUGAAAAAGAAAAAAAAUACAAAAUAAAAAUGAUUAAAAACACUCAAAUUUUCCAUUGCUUAUUUUUCCUUAGCUUGUUUCCCGGACCUCCUCAUACCUCCCUAUUUUGUAUUCCAGUUCAGUUUGUUGGUUCAGCAAAUCCUUACCCUCUUUAUUUAUCCUAAUCUUUGGUCUUAAAAUAGUAACGUUAGAUUUUUACCUCUUAACAACCCAUUUUUCAUAUUCCCUUAAAGCAUUACAGCUGGAAACCACUUAAUUUCUAUCCAACAUCGUUCUAACAUUCAUUAAUUUUACAAUAUUUCUGUAGAUAAUCUUUGAACUUCUUCCAAUCUUCCUCCACCGACUCUUCUCCCUGAUCUCGGAUUCUGCCAGUCAUUUCUGCCAGUUCCAUAUAGUCCAUCAGCUUCAUCUGCCAUUCUUCCAGAGUGGGUAAAUCUUGUGUCUUCCAAUAUUUUGCAAUGAGUAUUCUUGUUGCUGUUGUGGCAUACAUAAAAAAGGUUCUAUCCUUCUUUGGCACCAAUUGACCGACUAUGCCUAGGAGAAAGGCCUCUGGUUUCUUCAAGAAGGUAUAUUUAAAUACCUUUUCAGUUCAUUAUAUAUCAUUUCCCAGAAAGCCUUAAUCCUUGGGCACGUCCACCAAAGGUGAAAGAAUGUACCUUCAGUUUCUUUACAUUUCCAACAUUUGUUAUCGGGCAAAUGAUAAAUUUUUGCAAGCUUGACUGGGGUCAUGUACCACCUGUAUAUCAUUUUCAUAAUAUUCUCUCUUAGGGCAUUACAUGCCGUAAACUUCAUACCUGUGGUCCAUAACUGUUCCCAGUCAGCCAUCAUUAUGUUAUGUCCAACAUCUUGUGCCCAUUUAAUCAUAGCAGAUUUCACCGUUUCAUCCUGAGUAUUCCAUUUCAACAGCAAGUUAUACAUCUUUGACAAAAUCUUAGUUUUGGGUUCUAAUAGUUCUGUUUCUAAUUUUGAUUUUUCCACCUGGAAACCAAUUUUCUUAUCCAAAUUAUAUGCCUCCAUUAUCUGAUAAUAAUGAAGCCAGUCUCGCACAUUGUUUUUUAAUUUCUCAAAACUCUGCAAUUUCAGUCUAUCUCCGUCUUGUUCCAAAAUUUCCCAAUAUUUCGGCCAUUUGGCCUCCAUAUUGAGCUUUUUCAGAGCUUUUGCUUCCAUCGGUGACAACCACCUUGGAGUUUUAUUUUCCAAUAAGUCCUUGUAUCUUAUCCAAACAUUAAACAAUGCUUUCCUAACAAUAUGGUUUUUAAAUGCUUUAUGUGCUUUGACCUUAUCGUACCACAGAUAUGCAUGCCAUCCAAAUACAUUGUUAAAACCUUCCAAAUCCAAAAUGUCAGUGUUUUCAAGAAGCAGCCAUUCUUUCAACCAGCAAACAGCUGCUGAUUCAUAAUAAAGUUUGAGGUCUGGCAGGGCAAAUCCACCUCUUUCCUUUGCAUCUGUUGGUAUUUUAAAUUUUAUUCUGGGCUUCUUGCCCUGCCAGACAAAUCUAGAAAUAUCUCUCUGCCACCUCUUGAAACAGUCCAUUUUGUCCACAAUUUGCAAUGUUUGAAACAAAAACAACAUUUAGGCAAUACAUUCAUUUUAACCGCAGCAAUACGGCCCAGCAGUGAAAGCUUCAAAUUAGACCAAAUUUCUAAAUCUUUUUUCACGUCAGCCCAACAUUUUUCAUAGUUAUCUUUAAAUAAGUUCCCAUUUUUUGCUGUCAAGUUGAUCCCCAAAUAUUUAACUUUCUUAACCACUGUUAAACCUGUCUCAUUCUGAAACCUCUCUCUCUCUAUUGGUGUUAAAUUUUUCUCUAAAACCUUAGUUUUUACCUUGUUCAAUUUAAAUCCUGCGACUUGACCAAAUUCUUGAAUCAGUUCUAAAACCCUUUUGGUUCUAGAUUCUGGCUCCUGUAACGUCAGUACUAAGUCAUUUGCAAAUGCUCUCAAUAAGAAGCAACCAUUCUUUCAACCAGCAAAAAGCUGCUGAUUCAUAGUAAAGUUUAAAGUCUGGCAGGGCAAAUCCACCUCUUUCCUUUGCAUCUGUUAAUAUUUUAAAUUUUAUUCUAGGCUUCUUGCCCUGCCAGACAAAUUUAGAAAUAUCUCUCUGCCACCUCUUGAAACAGUCCAUUUUGUCCACAAUUUGCAAUGUUUGAAACAAAAACAACAUUCUAGGCAAUACAUUCAUUUUUACCGCAGCAAUACGGCCCAGCAGUGAAAGCUUCAAAUUUGACCAAAUUUCCAAAUCUUUUUUCACUUCAGCCGAGCAUUUUUCAUAGUUGUCUUUAAAUAAAUUCCCAUUUUUUGCUGUCAUGUUAAUCCCCAAGUAUUUAACUUUCUUAACCACUGUUAAACCUGUCUCAUUCUGAAACCUCUCUCUCUCCAUUGGUGUUAAAUUUUCUCUAAAACCUUGGUCUUUAACUUAUUCAACUUAAAUCCUGCAACUUGACCAAAUUCUUGAAUCAGUUCUAAAACUCUUUUGGUACUAGAUUCUGGCUCCUGUAACGUCAAUACUAAGUCAUCUGCAAAUGCUCUCAAUUUGUACUGUUUGGCUCCGACCUGUAUACCUUUAACCAACCCUUCUAAUCAUAUUCAGCAGAACCUCCAGGACCGAUAUAAAAAGCAAUGAGGAAAUUGGGCAACCUUGUCUUGUCCCUUUUUCUAUCCUAAAUUCUUCUGUCACCACAUUAUUUACAAUUAGUUUAGCCUUUUGUUCUGAAUAAAUUGCACUUAGACCGUUUUCAAAACCUUGGCCUACCCCCAUCCCCUGUAGGUUCUUCUUCAUAAAACUCCAGGAGAUAUUAUCAAAAGCUUUCUCCGCGUCCACAAAUAUCAAAACUGCUUUAGUAUUUAUGUUCACUUCUAGUUUUUCCAAAAUAUCAAUUAUAUUCCUCAAAUUAUCGGACAAGUGUCUUGGUCUUUAUGAAUCUCUUCCAUCAAUACUUUUUUCAAUCUCUUGGCCAAAAUGUCUGCAAAAAUUUUGUAAUCCACAUUAAGUAACGAUAUGGGGCGGUAGUUCUUAAGCUGGGUCUUUUCAGUCUCUGUCUUUGGUAUAAGUGUAAUGUACGCCUCUUUCCAAGACUCUGGUGCCCUUUUCCCUUCCAAUAUUUCAUUGCAGACUUCCUUUAGAGGUUGUAAUAGCCACUCUUUCAAAGAUCUAUAAUAUCUAGAAGUCAGCCCAUCCGGUCCUGGAGAUUUGCCUAAUUGCAUGUUUUGAAUGGCACCUUCUACUUCCUGUUCAGAUAUUUUAUAGUUCAACAUUAGUUUACUUUCUUGCGAUAUUUUUUGUAAUCCAUUUGUCUUCAGAAAUCGGUCUAUAUCCAUUUCUUUCUGUGGCCCUUGUGUAUAUAAUUGUUUAAAAUACCUCUGGAAACAGUUUCUAAUCUCAGUUGGGUUAUGUAUAUUCUUUCCUUCCACUUCUAAAUUUGUAAUAGUAUUUAAUUUUUGUCUUUUUUUCAUUUGCCAGACCAGCAAUUUCCCACAUUUGUUAGCUGAUUCAAAUGUUUUUUGUCUCAUUUGUUUAAUUUUCCAUUCUAUUUCCUGAUUCAUCAUUUCCAUAUAUUGUACUUGAUAUAACUUUAUUUCUCUCAAAAUCUCCUGCGACUUUGGUUUUGCUCUCAAUUUCUUUUCACUUUCUUUUAUUUCCCCCCAAAUUUUAUCUUUCUUCUCAUUUUGACUUCUCUUCUUUAUUGCAUUCUGUUGUAUCAGAAACCCUCUCAUGACAGCUUUACUUGCGUCCCAGAUUACUCUUUUUUCUACAUUAGUAUUCAUAUUUAUUUCAAAAUAGUCUCUCAAGGUUUUUUGGGCCUUUUUAUACACUUCAUCAUCUCUGAAUAAGGUGUCAUUCAUCCUCCAUCUGAAGGAGGCAGUUGAUGUUAGUUUCAACUCCAUCCUUACCACAUUAUGGUCGGAGCAGGUUUUUGGGCAGAUUUCCACUUUCUUUAUCUUUGGUGCCAUUCCUCUAGUUACCCAUAUUUGGUCAAUUCUAGUCCAUGUCAUCUUAGCUUUAGAAAAGAAGGUUCCCUCUCUUCCCAAGGGGUUCUUUGUUCUCCAAGUGUCCACUAAAUCAAAAUUAUCUGUCAUCUCAAAAAAUGUUUUCGGUAGUCUACCAUCCUUGGUAACUACCUGUCUUUGUGCCUUAUCCAUGUUUGUAGAUACUACUCCAUUCAUCAUCCAUCAUCCUUUUUUUAUUUGACCGUCAGUCAGAAAAAAGUACAUUUUGUCAAUACACAGUUAAAAACACUACUCCAUUCAUAUCCCCCAUCAAAAUCUGAUUGUAAUCCAAAUAAUCCAAUAAGGUCUCAUGCAGCUUUUUAAAGAAUUCAGAUUUCCCCUCAUUCGGUGCAUAAAUUCCUACUAUCAAAAAUUUCUCUCCUUGAACUUGAAUUUCAAUUGCCAAAAAUCUUCCUUGGUCAUCUUUAAAAAUUAAUUUCGGUGAUAGUCUCUCCUUUGCAUAUAUCACAACUCCUCUUUUUUUAACUUUGUGGGAUGAGAUAAACUCCUGUCCCAAUCUCUUAUUAAUCAGUAGUUUCCUGUGUAACCUUGUUACAUGUGUUUCUUGUAGACAGAUCAAGUCCAAUUGUUCCUUUUUUAGUAAAUGAAAAACACUUUUUCUCUUCCGAGGAGAAUUCAAACCAUUACAAUUCCAACUUAACAGUUGCAGAGCCAUGAUGGGGUUAUUUCGCUUUACCUCCAACUGUGCCAAGUGUCUGUUCUUGUUCUGUCAGUGGUGUCUCUUUCUCUGGACCAUGCAAUCCAAAAGAUAAGUUUGCUAUAUCUAGUAUUCCUUUUUCCAGUGCUUUUGGCUCUUCUCCAGAUUCCACUUCUUUCUGUAGAUCUUCUCCGUGAUCCUUCAGAAACCUAUCUUUGUCAUUGACUGAUCUUAUUUUUAUCUUUCUUCCUUUAUAUUUAAAGGACAGGCCUUGAGGGAAUUCCCACCUAAAGAUGAUUCUGUUUCUUCUCAGCAGGGCAACCAGAUCUCCGUAGUUGAGCCUUAAGUCCAAAAGGUGUUUUGGAAUGUCCUUGAAUAUCUCCACACUUGAGUCGUAAAUUUCCAAAGUCUUUUGGUAAUGCAGAUUCAAGAUUUUCUCUCUCUCCUCUUUUGUUCGAAGGGUAAUCAAGCAGUCUCUCACCUUGUUCCUCCUUCCGCCUCUUCCAAGUCUAAAUGCACUCACUAUCUUAAAUUCUUCCUUCCCCAAAUCCUGUUGCCAGAAAUCUGCGAAUUCCUGCGUAAGAAAACUGCGUAAGCCAAAUUGUCUUUCUCACGUUCUGGUACAGCCCUGAUUCUUAAAUUUCUUUGUUUCUCUUUCAAUUCAAUCAUAGACAAUGUCAAACCGUGGUCCUCAAGUUGCUUAUAUACCGGUGGUAUCUUCUCUUGAGUAGCAAUUGCUAUAUCUUUUGCUUCUUCAGCUAUCUUUCGGGUCGAAGCAGAUUCCUGUAGUAAUUUUUCAAUAGACUCUGUGUUGGUAUUAACCUUCUGUCCCAAAUUAUUGAUGCUUGUAGUAUUCUGGUCAAUUUUAACUGAUGCUUCAGCUACUUGUUUAGCUAAAUUUUCCAAAGAUUCAUUAAUUUUUCCAAGUGCCUGUGCCAAAACGUCUUUGGACGACAUAACUUUUGGUUUAACCUGUGGAGGUGCAGCCCCUGGUAUUCCAGAUGGUCCAGAUGUUGAAGCCCUUCGCUGCAACGCAGUAUCUGUCCGAUAGGGUCUGCCAGACCUAGUAGUUUUUUUCCUGUGCCAACUCUAACUUUCCUCUUCCAUCUGCCAUAACACUCUCAUGAGGAUCCAAGGUCGUUCCCACGGCUGGAAUUUGUUUUGGAAUGGAAAAUUCCUCUAGCCCAGUUGUUAUUGUAGCAAUGUCAAGCCUCCUCUAGGGGGACACAGUAACAGCCAAAGCUUGCAACUUUAAAAAAGAAAAUAGUCCUUAUAAGUCCCCCAAUUCACAUAAAAACAACAGUUUCAGUUGCACUUAAUCAGUUACUUUAAAACCAGGAGAAGUUCAGAAACACUGUAUCUCUUUUGCAGAGUUAGCUGUCAAAAGUCCUCUGCUUACCGAUAGGCUUUCCACAGAGCGACAUUCCUUAUCUCGGGGCAGUCCGUUCCCAGGUUUUAGGCGGUGGAUUUUAGCUUCCUUUUCCCCUUUUUUUGCAGAUAAAUACAGUUCAAACCUUUCCCCCCUCCUCUCCUGCAAUCCGGAGGGGAGAUCGCUUUCCAGAUGUUAAGAUUUAAGUCUUUUUUCAAACGUCUUUCCGAGUUUCCGCUUACAGUCUCUUUGCUUUGAUCUAUUUACAAGAAAGGAAGGCAGACUUCCUGUUUAUACCUUCCCGCUUUGGUGCCGAAUUAACUUGUUUUUUCCCUUUAGAUCCAAUUUAAUCCUACUCACAGGUAGUUGCUUUCAAAGUCAAAUUGUCCCAGGAAAAAGUCAGCGCUCUCCAAUAACGGCUAUGCGGCUUCACUCCGUGGAAGAAGCAGUCGACUCUCAGCACCGCGCCGCUCACCCCGUCUCGCUCCGGAGCCCUUAAAAGGGUCCCUUCGCAACUUGGGGGGGGCGCAAAAGGUGCCCGCCGAGUCCCCACGUUCACAGGCUUCACCCGCCUGUGAUUUUUAAAGGGCCCCCGCUUCGCCGCAGCGGUCAGACCCAAUCCCGUGGAGCUGGUUCCUCAGAGACUCAGAGGGAAUCCGCCAUUAUCGAUGGCGCCAACCCUUAUCUGCUCUUAUAUUUCUUGCAAGUACUUCCAGGACCAGAAUAAACAACAGCGGUGAUAGCGGGCAUCCUUGUUUAGUUCCUUUUUGUAUCUUACAUUCAUCCAUUAUCACCUGAUUUACAAUUAACUUGGCAUUUUGUUAUGAAUAUAUUGCUUGUAUUCCUUUUAAAAAUUUUGUUGUUGUUGUUGUUUAGUCGUUUAGUCGUGUCCGACUUGGUGACCCCAUGGACCAGAGCACGCCAGGCACUCCUGUCUUCCACUGCCUCCCGCAGUUUGGUCAGACUCAUGUUUGUAGCUUUGAUUUAAAAAGUUAGGUCCAAAAUUAAUUUCUUCAAGCAAUUUUUUCCAUGAACUCCCAAGACACAUUGUCAAAGGCUUUUUCAGCAUCUAUUUUACAGAUUUUUUCCUUUCCUUGUACAGUUCUGAGAAAUAUUUUACAAAUGCUGCUCUUAUUUCCUCUUGUCUGUAGUCUUUCCAUCUGUAGACUUCAUCUUGUCUGUAGUCUUUCCAUUUAUAUUAAUUUUAUUUAUGGAGUUUCUCUGUUCAAUUGCCACGCUAGCAGUUUUCCUGAUUUAUUGGCAUGUUCAAAGUACUUCUGUUUCAUUCUUUUUAUCUUUCAGCUAUUUUUUUCAUUAACUAUCAUUAACUAUCAUUGGGUUUGUAAUAUUCUAGUUGCCUGCUUAGCUGACUCUUUAUUUGCUUUUUUUGACAAUUGUUUCUCCCUUUCCAUAAUUUCAUCUAAAAUCUCUUUUUUCUUUUUUUCUUUCAAUUUCCUUUUAAAUGAACUCUGUUGUAUAAACAGUCCCCUCAUUACCCCUCAUUUAAUGAGCUUUCACCCUGAUUUGCUUGCAUAAAACUUAUACAGAAGUUAGACCGUGUCUAGUUUUUAUUGAGUGUUUCAGGGGUUUUUUGUAGGCAUGAUAUACAAAAAUGCGCAUUCAUCCUGAUUUACUUGCCCACUGUUUAUAUAUCUUCUUGUUAAUCAUUUGUUUGCCCUACACUUUUCAGUGCAUUUUCCUGCCCUUUCCCAACCACAAAAGGGCCAUUAAAAAGGAUUUGAUGUGUCAUGAUGGCCAAGUACUUUCACCCGCUUUAAUUGCACAGUCCUUCUGCAAAAGGCAGGCUUGAAGCUGUACCCGUCAAUAAAUAGAUCUGAGCCACAAGGGGGCAUCUUGGGAACUCUCCUGGAAAUAAGAACUUUUCAUUUGACUUCAGAAGUGAGCAAAAUGCUUCCUUGCUUAUUAGAUUAUAUCAAAGGUAAUGUUAUGUUUUAUAUGCCUGUUGUUUUUGCCAUGGAGUUUUUUUGGCAGGGAUACUGGAGUGGCUGGCUGGACCAUAAAGAAGGCUGAUUGCCGAAGAAUUGAUGCUUUUGAAUUAUGGGGCUGGAGCAGACUCUUGAGAGUCCCAUGGACGGCAAGAAGAUCAAACCUAUCCAUUCUGAAGGAAAUCAGCCCUGAGUGCUCUCUGGAAAGACAGAUCCAGAAGCUGAGGCUCCAAGACUUUGGCCACCUCCUGAGAAGAGAAGACCUCCUGGAAAAGACCCUGAUGCUGGGAAAUAUUGAGGGCACAAGGAGAAGGGGACAACAGAGGACGAGAUGGUUGGACAGUGUUCUCGAAGCUACCAACAUGAGUUUGACCAAACUGUGGGAGGCAGUGGAAGACAGGAGUGCCCGGCAUGCUCUGGUCCAUGGGGUCACGAAGAGUCGGACACGACUAAACAACAACAAUGUUAUGUUACUUGCCCUGUGUUCAUGGGACUAGGACAGAUUACUUUUUAAAAUAAAACAACCACAUGAGAAUGGUACCUUGUUCUGAUUGAAAAAAAAUUCAAACUGUUGAAGGCAUUUAAAAAUGAAAAAUAACCUCCUCUACUUGAAGAAUUUGGCCUUGCUGGAGGUUUAUGCUCUCAUGAGAAUAUGGGAAUUGUAGUUUAUACCCCACAGAGCUACAGUUCCCAGCACUGUUAGCAAACUACAAUUCCCAUUCUUUUGGGGGGUAUACACUAUAAGUGCAUAGUGUGUACACAGCUAUAGAACUUGUUUGAAUUUAAGGGGUAAAGGUUAGAGGGAGCAUGCAUGAUUAGAGGAGGAAAGGGAGAAGCCAAAGAGGGUAUGGUUUCAGGAGUAAGAGGCAGUACUAAAGAGACCCGGUUAAUACCAGGGGCUGGCCUAGUAUCUUUUAUUUAGAACCAUAGAAUAGUAGAGUUGGAAAGGACCAUGAGGGUCAUCUAGUCCAACCCCCUGCAGUGUAGGGAUCUUUUGCCUAAUGGGCUCAAAUUCACAACCCUGAGAUUAAGACCAACUGAGCUAUGCCAGCUAAACUUUGCUUUUAUUUAUUUUAUUUGUAACCCUUCUAUUUCUAGCUUACUGUGUUGCACUGUGUUCACUGAGUGACAUUUGCCUUGUACAUCUUCUGACCCAGACACUCAGAAAGGGGGUCAGACAGGCCUUUGAGCAACAUAUUUGCUCCACGUUUGGGAGGCACAGCCAGGAAAACAGAGAUCCAUAAAUCUCUGGGGAUCAGCUUAAAUGUCUAUUAAAAAUGAAUUGGGAUAUCUUAAAUAUCAACCACCACAAUCACCCACAGAAGGAGAGAGAGUGAGAUUCAAGGGAAAUUUCAUAUUAGUCAUAAAGAAGUUCCCCGCCUCUGUUUGCAUAUAAGGCUUAAAAUGAUCUCUUAAUGCUAUUUAAUAGCUGUCCCUGGGAAUUCACAGCUUCAGUGUUGAUUUUCUUCCUUUGUGCUUUGCACAUGGAGGAACAAGUGGAGAUGGAGGCCAGAAAACUGGAAGAAGCACCUGCUGAGAAAUGUGAGGAGGACAGGAAAAGAAGCAGACAAAUCUGGAUGCAGCUUGGGACCAUGGCUGUACAGCUGGUGGUCUUGCUUGCCUGCCUGAUCUGUAUUGGCUUGUGCUACCUUAGGGUAAGUCUGCAAAAGAACCUUACAGGUAUGACUCUCCUGACAGAUUCACACAGACGAGGCUUUCCCAUCCUGAAGUCCACAGAUUUUGUUUAUGUUUAGGCUCUCCUGAAUCAAAAAGGCACACACUUUUCAUAUAAUAAAGUUGCUUUCAUAUAAUAGGGCUCUUUUAAAACCACAUGAUUGGUAUUGGAAAGCCUGCUAUUAAAAUGGUCCCUUGGUCUGUUCAUCUGCAUGUAUGCUAAGGAACACAUACAAAAAGCUGCGGGCUUCUGUGGAGUUAGGGUAUGUGCAAAUCUAUCUUUGCAGAAGUUACAAUGUAAAUGGCAGGUUAUUUGAGCUCUUCCUCUGACUCAGAUUUAGCCACACUGUUUCCCUCCUUAAUCACAAGAUUCUCCAACAAUGUAGGACAGGUUUAUUGCUUUGCUUCCUUAAGAGAGAAAUAUUACAGCCAUUUCUCACAUCAACUGUUGUUAGAAACGGGUGGUUUUAAAUACUAGGAGCACGUAACGAUCAUUUCCACUUGGUGUUCAGCAGUUAUUAGUAUACCUCAAAAAUCGCCAAGUGCCUUUGGCUAAUGAUAAACUUUGUCCUAGUUUUCAUCAUUUGUUGGUAAAUCUCAGAAUUUGUAACUAGUAAAUGUAAAAAAUCUCAUACCACUUAUUUUUGAAAUUGGCUGAUAAUCUCAAAGCUUGGCAAUCUUAAGGACAAUUUUAAAAUUCCAUUCUCAUGUUUAUAUUUUGUUAGAAAAUGCUAGGCUUUAUCAAGGCACACUGAAACAAUUGGAAAAUAAGUCUUAGAACCAUAGAAUUGUAGAGUUGGCAGGGACCCCAUGGGUCUUCUAGUCCAAUCCCCUGCAAUUUGCCAGUAAAUUAUUUUUAAAAACCUUACCAAGUUCAUUAAAUAAAAAGUGCAAUGCCACCCUCAUUCCCAAAAUUUAGUGAUAAAUACCAGCACUGGAAAAUAACACAAGUAAACCUCACAUUUUUAUUUUGGCCAGAUUCAACAAGGGAGGUCCAGAUUUGGAAAUGUACUUGCCUGCAGAAGUGGGGCUGGGUUUGCCACACACAGAUUAGAAGACCACAGGGAAUAAAAGUGAAGAGAGGUGGAGACGGGUGGGAGUGAGACCCAAAUAAGUGAUAGUUCUGAUCAUCCAGGGACUGCUAAGCACCUUGGGGGGGGGGGGACAACCAAUUUCUAGUUCUGAACAUAGAGGCUGGGGCAAAGGGGGCUUUAUCACUGUUAUUUAUUAGUGUUUGUGGAGAACAGGAAAUACUAAAAUAAAGACAGUUGCAAUGAGGGGGCGGUUGGACCUUAGCAUGUUGACAUCCUUUGAGAGUCCAGUUUGCCCUGCUUGUGAACUCCAUGCCAGUUGAAAUGUGCUUAGGAUACUAUUUCUGUGCUGGGGAAAAUUUUUCACAAAAUGCUAGUACAAUGAAUUUACAAUAGUGGUUUCUGCUGUCACAGCAGCAUUACACCACACUAAUUAUUUUCCUCUCAGUGAAGUUAUUUAAGAGUAGUCCUGACUGUUUUUGGCUCAGGAAGUUUCAUUUCAGCCAUUUUAAUCGGUCUUGGAAUAGCAGCCUUUCAAACUGUGACUUAAUUUUUUAAAAUGUAGCUAAAAAUUUUAUACAUAUUGAGACACAUUCUAAAUCAGCCUAGUGUUUAACACUGUAUCCACUCAAACGUUUCACUACUUCUUCAUCAACCUGUAAUUGAUGUAAUGGUCAGAUUGGAGAGGAAAAUAUAUCUGAUCUACCCUGAUGGAUAGACCUGCAACCAUACAUGGAACAAAAUAAAGGUCCAUGAGAGAAAGGUAACAGUCUGAUGCAUGAUGAUGGGCUGGUCCAAGAAAUAAGAUCAUCUGUCUUAGCUUUGCAGUUUUUGUUCUUUUUAAUUCUAGUGUGUGGGUUUUGUCAACAGAAGUAGGGUUGAACUACUGGCUAAUUAGUUCCUUCCUAUGAUAAACUCCUCUGGUAGAGGAAUACAGCUGUCCAUUUGGAAGGUCAAAUCAUGCCUUAAUAUUUAGUUUUAAACUAAGCAUGUGGUUAUUUAAAUUUUAUUUAAAAUGUUGGCAAUUCAAGAAUGAGUUAGACCAAGUUAAUGGCCUUUUAGGCUUCCUCCACGUGAGUAGGGGGUUUUGAAUAAUAAAAAUUAUAUGUCACCGGGGGGGGGGGUGUGUGUCAGGUUUUUAGAGAUGCUUAGGUGGGGCAUGGCCCAAAAAGAUUGGGAACCACUGCUCUAGAUUUAUUGUGGGGAACUUUGUUGCUAAUUCAUGAAUACUAGCCUUUUGAUGUGCUAAGAAAGUUCCUUAACCAAAAUUGCUUCUUAGAGUAAACUCAUCAGGAAUAAACUCAUCAAAGCAACAUUCUGGAGUUCUAAUUAGAUGGGGAACCUGUUGGGAGAUACCCCUGAGGCCUUGUGCCUUCCCCCAAUGCAGCGUCACCCGAGAUUUAUCACUCCGGUCUCCCGUCACGUUGAUGUGACCCAUAUCCUCCUGGGACAUGAGCACACGACCAGCAGAGUCCAAAAUAGUCCAACAUUCAGCUUCACUGGAUGUGUAUGAGAGGAAGAAAAGCUUUUCUCUAUCCACUCUCCUUACCGUGUUUAAUUUUAUAAACUUCUGUCUUGUCGCCUCUUACUUGCCUUUUCUCUAAACUAAGAAGUCCCAGAUGCCUGCAACCUUUCCUGUCAGAGGAAUUGCUCCAUCCCCUUGAUGUGGGGCUGCCUUUGUGCCUGAUCUGGAAGCUCCCACUGGCGCAGAAUGCUGAGGCUGGACGGGUGGUGGAGACAGACAGACAGCACCUAAGUCCCUGGAAGCUUGCCCGUGCUGCCCAAAUGCUUCUGGGUCAAGUUCAAGGUUCUUGUAUUAUUUUACAAGACCCUUAAGAACUUGGCUUCAAUAUACUUUUAAGGACAGAGGUUUUAAGGACUGUAUGUGGUCCCGCAUGCAGGGGUGGCCCAUUUUGCCAUCUGAGGUGAAACGGGAAGGUGCCCCCGCACUCCCCAGCGCUGCUGCCCAAGGGUCACUUGCCAGGGUUGUGUGGCUGUGGCUUCCGGCGAGAUCUCACAAAAGCUCCACAAGGUCUCGCCAGAACCUGGAAACUACAGCCCCUCCUCCCUGCCUCUCCAGUGGAGGCAGCCAGAGGGGAGAAUUGAAUCAACUCCUUAGGAAUUGCCAGUGCUUUUUUUUUUAAAAAAGGUGCCGGAACUCACCAUGAAGUUGUUACAGUAAACAUUUGAAAAAAACAGUGCUGGUGCUGCGUACUCUUGAGUAUCCCAGGGAACAUGAACUGUUAAUUGCUGCAAUUUCAUUAAAAACCAGAGACCAAAAUGUAUGGACCUAGAAUCAUAGAAUCAUAGAGUUGGAAGAGACCACAAGGGCCAUCGAGUCCAACCCCCUGCCAAGCAGGAAACACCAUCAGAGCACUCCUGACAUAUGGUUGUCAAGCCUCUGCUUAAAGACCUCCAAAGAAGGAGACUCCACCACACUCCUUGGCAGCAAAUUCCACUGUCAAACAGCUCUUACUGUCAGGAAGUUCUUCCUAAUGUUUAGGUGGAAUCUUCUUUCUUGUAGUUUGGAUCCAUUGCUCCGUGUCCGCUUCUCUGGAGCAGCAGAAAACAACCUUUCUCCCUCCUCUAUGUGACAUCCUUUUAUAUAUUUGAACAUGGCUAUCAUAUCACCCCUUAACCUCCUCUUCUCCAGGCUAAACAUGCCCAGCUCCCUUAGCCGUUCCUCAUAAGGCAUCGUUUCCAGGCCUUUGACCAUUUUGGUUGCCCUCCUCUGGACACGUUCCAGUUUGUCAGUGUCCUUCUUGAACUGUGGUGCCCAGAACUGGACACAGUACUCCAGGUGAGGUCUGACCAGAGCAGAAUACAGUGGCACUAUUACUUCCCUUGAUCUAGAUGCUAUACUCCUAUUGAUGCAGCCCAGACUUGCAUGGGCUUGUUUAGCUGCCGCGUCACCCUGUUGGCUCAUGUCAAGUUUGUGGUCAACCAAGACUCCUAGAUCCUUUUCACAUGUACUGCUCUCAAGCCAGGUGUCCCCCAUCUUGUAUUUGUGCCUCUCAUUUUUUUGCCCAAGUGCAAUACUUUACAUUUCUCCCUGUUCAAAUUCAUCUUGUUUGUUUUGGCCCAGUUCUCUAAUCUGUCAAGGUCGUUUUGAAGUGUGAUCCUGUCCUCUGGGGUGUUAGCCACCCCUCCCAGUUUGGUGUCAUCUGCAAAUUUGAUCAGGAUGCCCUUGAGUCCAUCAUCCAAGUCGUUGAUAAAGAUGUUGAAUAAGACCGGGCCCAAGACAGAACCCUGUGGCACCCCACUAGUCACUCUUCUCCAGGAUGAAGAGGAACCAUUGAUGAGCACCCUUUGGGUUCGGUCAGUCAGCCAGUUACAAAUCCACUGAGUGGUAGCAUAGUCAAGACCGCAUUUUACCAGCUUCUUUACAAGAAUAUCAUGGGGCACCUUGUCAAAUGACCUGCAGGUACUCCCACCAGACUUGGAAGUAUGCUCCCCCAGCAGCCUCACCAGCAGUUGGGGAGCAUGUUAGAUGCUAUCUGUAACAUUUGUGCUGGUUGGCAAGGAAAAUAGGUAUAAAAAGAGAAUUCCUGGGUGCCUGGUACUAAGGCAAGAGAGCCCUAGCAGAGAUUUAAAAUCACAAAAUAUGCAUCGAAGUAGAGCAUGGAAAUAUAGGCUGUUAGACUUCUAAAAUCCCUCCUCCUAGCUUUCUUCCAAAGUUGCCCACGUCCCCUUAGCAUAGCAAGUAAAAAUGGUUUACUUGCAAACUCUUCAAAGGUCAAAUGCAUGUGCUUUUCCGUACAGCAGCAAGAAAAGACAGGCAGUACAACUUAGUUUAAAAAAUGUUUCUAAACAUUUAGAAAAAUGUUGCUAAAGCCACAUGGUCUAUGCUUGGAGCAUCCAGCUUAGACAUCCUUACUAGUUGAUUCACAUGAAGGAAAGGAAAAAGAACAAAGGCUUUGGUAACCCUUCUUCCCAAGGUGAAGGUGUGUGACCUAACUAAGCUUACACUAUGGCCUUAACCCCUCCACGCAUUAACUAGAGCUAAGCAUGUUGGUUAUAUGAGGCAGAUAUAGCCCAUAGUUUGCAUUGGGGUCUUGUACCACCCAUGAUACAAUUAAAGCAUGGUUUCUCUUGUAUGGGUCAAGAUUGGUUUCACUGACUGAUCAGAUCAUGCCAUAUUCCAUCAUCACCUAUAUUCUCUCCUCUAUCUCCCUCCUAAACAACGUUGAUGCCCAAUAUCAAACCUGUGUGUUGCUUAUUAGUUCCUUACACAAAGCUGCAACCAAACCUUUACCACACCCCAUACCAAGGAACAGAACCUCAGUUUUUGUAAGAGGUCUAGUUCUAGUAGCCUGUGCUCAGGUAUGGGGAUCCAACAGAAGACAUGUUACCUGAUGAAAGUGCAGCCACCCGUGGCCAGGCCUCUCAGGCCCAUAUUUUCUAUACUACAACUUCAAGGAUAAUCACAGUAUUUUACCUUGGAAAAACAAAUCUUUUAUUGGCCUUUGCCACAGUGAUCAGAGGAAGGGGGAUAGGGAGAACCUGAAAUAAGUACAAACAGGUUGGAAUAAUUUUCAUUUGCAACUCAACAAUCUGUCUUAAAGUUGAUAACCGAGUUCUCAUUCUUGUCCAUCUAUUAAAAUUCUUUUUCAUUUGAGUAUCCAGUGAAUGAAAAUUCAAGAUAAAACAUUGUAUGUCUGGUGGAUGUUUUUUGUAAGCUUACUGUGCAUGGUUUAGAGAUUAUGGUGGCAAACAGUAUAUAGAUCGUUGGAAUGAGCAAACAAACUGUCAUCAUGGAUUUAUCAAUAGUUUUAAGAAGAAAAGAUGAAACGGGGAUUGGAGACACUCUGUUAUUGCAUGCUAGCUAUACCAAGUGGGAAUGUCCUCGAGAAGGUUGCAAGGUUGCUGUGAAGGUGUCUGCUUUGCCUUUUGAAUACUGUAACCACCAUCCAUAGUUGGUUUGCUUUCUGUACAUAUACUAAGCCUAAUUAGUCCCACUGUGAAUGACAUCUGAAACCAGGACCGUGCAAAUGAAAGCAAGCUUAAAAAUGAUGCCUAAAAUCCUUCCUCCCACCAUAAUUCUGCCUUCAUUUGGAUUCAAAAUAAAGGCUGGUUUUCUCUGCCUCUAGAUACUUCCACAACAUUCCAACCUACCUGUAUGUUCGGUUGCUUGCAGAACACAAAGAGCAUCUGCCACCACCAUAUGCGGUUGAGCAGGAGGACACAGAGUGGUAACCAAACCCCCAGGCAUCACGAUCACAAGAACUCUCUAGCAGCUGCAUGCACCACCUACAGACUAAGGGAGACCAGCGCUUGCUCCCACCUCUUCCCUAGUAAGAGGCCCAUUUACAAAUGUCAAGAGCUCUCUAGGCAGAUGCCAAAGUGCACUGGCCGUUUGGGGGCUGUUUAGGGGAAAACCCUGGUCCUUUGCUCUUUUUUUUAAGCUGUGAAAUUGUAAUCAUCUUUGUAAUUGGUUCAGAACAUUAGGGAUCUUUUUAUAUUAAAAACAUCUAAAUUGGGCAUCCCCAACCUUCAGCCCUCCAGAUGUUUUGGACUACAAUUCCCAUCAUCCCUGACCACUGGUCCUGUUAGCUAGGGAUCAUGGAAGUUGUAGGCCUAAACAUCUGGAGGGUGGUAGGUUGGGGAUGCCUGAUCUAAAUCAAAUGUGUUUGUUUAAUAUUUAAAUUCAUAAUGGGUGCCAGAGCCUUCUGGAGGUGUCUUCUAACAGAAAGAACCAGGGAAGAUGUUGCUGCUCUUUAUGCUUGGAAGUACAGUUGGAAAACUGUACUUGGGGGACUGUGCCAGUCUGCUGCAGUCUAAAUAAUAGCCUUAUGCUCACUUAAGGGAUGCGGGUGGCGCUGUGGGUUAAACCACAGAGCCUAGGACUUGCCGAUCAGAAGGUUGGCGGUUUGAAUCCCCGUGACGGGGUGAGCUCCUGUUGCUCGGUCCCUGCUCCUGCCAACCUAGAAGUUCGAAAGCACGUCAAAGUGCAAGUAGGUACCCCUCCAGCGGGAAGGUAAACGGUGUUUCCGUGCGCUGCUCUGGUUUUCCAGAAGCGGCUUAAUCAUGCUGGCCACAUGAUCCGGAAGCUGUACGCCUGCUCCCUCAGCCAAUAAAGUGAGAUGAGCGCCGCAACCCCAGAGUCGGCCACGACUGGACCUAAUGGUCAGGGGUCCCUUUACCUUUACCUUUAACUUAAAGACUAAAAUCCUAACCCUGCUUACUUUGGAGGAAGCCCCACUGAAUUCAAAAGGAUUAAAUCCUGAGUAGACAUGGUUAGGAUUGUGCUGUAAGGGUUCUGUUAGGAGUCAUUUUGCAAAGAAACAGGAAAGAUGAUUGUAACUUUAAGAACUGUUUCUGUGAGUUCUGGGUGUGGUUUUCUAGGCUGAUUAGGUUCAGCUGGUGAUGACGACAAAAGGAGGAGAAGUUGCAGUUUGAAUUUGCCUUCAAAAGAGAACACCCACAUGCUUUGCGUUUGUAAGGUUGUAAAUAUGUUUGUAAGGUUGCUCCAGAGAAGUGGACACGGAGCAAUGGAUCCAAACUACAAGAAAGAAGAUUCCACCUAAACAUUAGGAAGAACUUCCUGACAGUAAGAGCUGUUCGACAGUGGAAUUUGCUGCCAAGGAGUGUGGUGGAGUCUCCUUCUUUGGAGGUCUUCAAGCAGAGGCUUGACAACCAUAUGUCAGGAGUGCUCUGAUGGUGUUUCCUGCUUGGCAGGGGGUUGGACUUGAUGGCCCUUGUGGUCUCUUCCAACUCUGUGAUUCUAUGAUUCUAAAUAAAACUCUUGCUUGAGUAUAUUUUACACCUGUCUCAUGGUUCUGUCAUGUGCUGCCAGGAGGAUACAGCUCCAAUAGAUUCUACUCAACUAAAUGACUAGUCAAGUUAUUUCAAUGGUUCUACUCCAAAUAUGAGUUCCUUAGACACAACCUAACAGAUCUAUUGUAGUAUAAACUGUUUCAGUCUAAAACUCAUUUCAUCAGACAUAUGACAGAUAUAUAUUACAUACACAUACACACACACAGGGAGAGAGAAAAUUUUAAUAAUACCGCAGUCUAUGUUAUGGGCAUGUGAAUCCAGUUAUUUAACUAAAACAAAGGCAGGAAAUAAUACUGGAUAGCAACAUGGCUAUUUUGGAGCUACUGUAUAUGUGAUGUCUUCAAAGUGAAGUUACUGUACAGGCUUGUGCGGGGGGGGGGGUGCUAUGCGUGAGAUGCCGCCAACUGCUCUAAUCCCCAAGCCUGCAAAAUAUUAACUAUCCUGCGGCCAUCAUUCUUGACCCCUCUGGUGUUUACUAAGAGCUCAGCUUUCCCCGUUCUGCCUCUGAACACAAACACACAGAAGUAGAUACCUUGCAGCCCACAGAGGUUUUACUCUCUAGUAGCACUCCACUCUCCCAGUGCUGUGCACUGCCUCUGAAGAGGCCAAUGUUCCCAGCAUCUCUCGGGGGGGGGGGGGGAGGCAGUGAAUCGGGGUGCCAACUUGGAUAAAAUAUUACGGGGGGGGGGGGCAGAUAAGCCCCACCCUGCUCACAUGAUGCAGUGCAUGCACACCAUUUGAAUGGCAACUUUCAUCAACUUUAGGGGGCCCCAGCAUCCUCAUAUAGUUUUUUUUUGGGGGGGGGUGAAGGGACCUUAGCCCCUAGGAGUUGCACCUGCAGUGGAUCUGCACAGGCAGUGCUCUGGAGUUCUGUAGCUUGUGGGAAAUAGUUGUACUAAAGGACUGCAGUUGAGACCUCUUAAAACUUCCCAUGCAAAAGGCCCCAUAACGUUGGUUCCCUGGUGUCCCAUCAUGUCUGCAUUUCCAUCUGGAGCUUGUAGGCACCUUUCAUAACCUCAUGUUUUGUUGUGUUUCAGAGUCCAGACCCACAGGCACAAUGGAUCUACAUCAAGUGUGAGUUCUCCUUCUUCUCCUCCUCCUUCUCCUUCUCCUUCGCCCUAUUCCAUAGGCUUGAGGUGGGUUGCACUGUUCUCUCCUCCCCCAUGACCAGUUGAUGCUUCCAAUCUUGACUUCCCUCCAACCCAAUUUGCCCAGAGGGAACUGAAGCAGCAAUGAAUAUUCUCUGACCAGGCUGCAUGAGGGAGAAGAACACUCUCUCCCAGGCUCUGCAUUUGCUCCUCUAGUGAACAUCCAGGCAGGAAAAUGAUCUAGAUGGGUUUUACCAGGAAGAGAAGAACCAUCUUCACCCUCUCCUACUCGGGUUUGCCUGUUCCUGCCCUCCCACCUUGUUCCAGUGAAAGAGGCAGGAGAAUGAAUUUAGGUUGAAACAGUUGGAGAAUAAUUCCUACUGGUUUCUUCUCUAUUCCCUUUUACUGCAAACAGCCUGAUACCUGAGCAGGGCAGAGAUAAGAGGUAGAAUGAAAGUCACGUUGAAGCUGCGCUUGGCAGCCUUCAGGAGGAGGAAAGCUUUUGGUUCAGCUAAUGGCAGGUGUUCUGGGUGGAGCCAAGGAUGCGCAGGGGUGGGGAGAUCAGUAAGACAUUUAACAGAAGCCUACCGAAUUUGCACUUUCUCCAACAAUAUGUGGACCAAAAAACAGAUACAGUGGUACCUUGGGUUACAUACGCUUCAGGUUACAGACGCCACUAACCCAGAAAUAUUACCUUGGGUUAAGAAUUUUGCUUCAGGAUGAGAACAGAAAUUGUGCGGUGGCGGCACAGUGGCAGCAGGAGGCCCCAUUAACUAAAGUGGUGCUUCAUGUUAAGAACAGUUUCAGGUUAAGAACAGCCCUCCAGAACAAAUUAAGUUCUUAACCCAAGGUACCACUGUAUUCUUCUAAACUGGCUCUCUGACCAAAUAAUAUGUACAAAAAUUUGUAUAUUAGAUGAAUGUGUGAAUUAAAAAUGCACAUUUAGGAAAUAAAUAUAUAAAAUAUAUUAUGUCAAGGGAAAUGGCUCGCAAAAAAUGUGUAUCGGGCAAAAGAAACGUGCAUUUGAAUGCUGAUGAACUUUCAUGAGGACUUUAAAAAAUAAUACUCACAAACCGAUGCAGAAAUGUGGAGAACUGAACACAAGAUGAGAAGCUGAGGUGAAGCCCCCAGAUUUAGACAGAAUUGUAGCAGGAAAAGAUGUAUACAAAGUGUUUCCAAAACAUACAGAAGAAUAAAAAGCAUUUAAGCAAAUGGUGGGUAACAAACACACAAAAAGGCUACAGAGAACAAAAAUGGUUAGUUUGAAUAUAUUUGGUGCAGGUAGUUCAAAAAUAACAAUCUGCCUGGACCAACAGCUUAAACUCUCUUGUUUCUAAGACAGAGGUAGAGAUAGAUGGGGCAGAGCGGAGAAAUGACUCCUGUCCCCUUUAGAUCACCCUGAGAAAAACGACAAGCAUGGAGAAAGAGGUCAGGGGACAGGUUGGAGGAGGCAGGAGGGAAAUGCCAGCUGGGAUUGGAGCUGAGACAUAUGGUAACUUCUGACAGAAGAGUUUGGAUUUGAUAUCCCGCUUUAUCACUCCCCUUCAGGAGUCUCAAAGCGGCUCACAUUCUCCUUUCCCUUCCUCCCCCACAACAAACACUCUGUGAGGUGAGUGGGGCUGAGAGACUUCAGAGAAGUGGGACUAGCCCAAGGUCACCCAGCAGCUGCAUGUGGAGGAGCGGAGAUGCGAACCUGGUUCCCCAGAUUACGAGUCUACUGCUCUUAACCACUACACCACACUGGCCAGUUUUUACCCAGAGGCCUAAGUGAGGCAACCAUUUUCUUGACAGAGAUCUGAAAUUUCAAGUGCUGAAAUGUCAGGUGCUGACAGAGUUUGUGUGUAAAAUUGAGGAGUCUGGAAAUGCAAACAGCAAUGGCAGGUAACAACCAGUAGGGAAAAUGCUUGUUGGUUAAGACCCGUGGCCCCAAAGAGAUGAGAAACAGAUUAGGUGGAGAGUCGGGAACUUGCAUACUUUUUUGAAGAUGAGAGCGAGUUCAACUCCUUUCAAUGAUUCUAGUUUCGUCCUUUCAAUGAGGGCAGCUCCUAGAAGUUUGCUUUCUCUGUUGUGUUGCCAGAUCCUUGUGCUUUGUACAGCCACUAGCAGAACAAGGGUCUUAAGGGACAGUGAGAUUGAGCACCUUGGAAACAGACACACAUCCCCGCCACCUAUCAAAAGUGGGUGAGAGGCACCAUUUUGUGGUUGGCUUCAGACGCCCAAAUGUCUUGAGCCAGCCCCACCCAGUAUGCUUAGGGACAAGCCCUACUUCAUGCAAAAGCUUCGGCAAAGACCCUUGCUUCUUUACCUUCUUUUAUAGAUUUUCUGUUCUCUUGCUUUUACAAUCCACCUCCAAUUUUCUUUUCUCGUAAGAGAAACUAGUAGGUUAGGGACUAACACAUUUGUGGCUUUUCCUGUGUUUUCUUGCAUUUCAGAUGAGUCCAUUGCCUAUAAGAAAGCGAUUGGUAUUAAAAAGAGGGAUGGCACAAUGGAAAUAAAUGUUCUAAACCGCUCCAUCCCAAUCCACUGCGAUGGCCUCUACCUGUUCUCUUUGGAGGGAACCAUCACCCUGCCCAGGGCUCCGCACGAACUGAUCCUCAGGGUCUACUGUCAGCCCCAAGAGCCCCUGCUGGAGGUAAAUUGCAGUGAGGAGAAUACAAAGGUGAAGGAAGUCUUCGUGCAUGAAUUUCGUUCCCAAGAGGCAGUCUACUUGGAGGCACACCCUAACAAUACUGAAAAUAAUGAAGCACUCACGCUGGAUCUGAAUCUGAACCUCAUCAUGUUAACUCCUCGUUCAUAUUGCCGUCCUGAAAAUUAAUAAAAUGACCAGUGAACUCA